AUGCAUCUUUUUCUACAUUUGAAUUUUUAUCUUGAAUUUCCCCCGGCAGUAACAACAAUCGAUGAAUCAGUAUUAUUGCGAUGUAUACAAAUGCUGGAGGACUGUGAUCCCACAGGUGAAACACCUGAUCCCCCUGAAUUGGCCAAGGUUGAACAAGCUGCUCGCGCGCAAGGUCCCUUGAUAAAUGCCCGCUUGGCUGCCAUCGACUCUCAAGUCAACGCACUUUCUCAGGUUGAUAUGGCAAUCCGAGAUGUGCUAGCAUUGUAUGAUCAAGCUGUGCAACAAGCGCAUUUUCAGGCGUUUGAACUGCCAUCCAUGUACCAACCUCCGGUUGCGAAUCCAGCUGCACCAGUAAUGGCUCCCGCACCUGCUAAUAUGCCACCUAAUCCCGCUUAUCAAGCGCCCUAUGGUAAUGUUCCUCCUCAAAACAUCCCCGUGUCAAAUGUGCAAGUUCGACAAGAUCAGCAAGCUCCCUAC